AUGGACGUCGACGCACGUAGCCCGCUGGCCCGCCCAGGUGGCCAAGACGAGGGGCAGUUCGAGCGAGAGCUGUUCUCGAACAACAGCAUCACGUGGAAGGAAAAGUACGAGGAAACGAAGGAGCUCCUCAGGAGCUACAACUUGUUUUCAGACCACCUGAUUAAUUACAGCGUGGAUUUCUACUUCAACAAACUGGGGUUCAACAGGCUCCACUUCGAGGAAACGAGUCCACACCUGAUCAGUAAAGUAGUGGUGUGCAUCAUAACGGCCAAGAUAAACGAGCAGUACUCAAGCGACAAGUAUUUCCCAACUUUUGAAGAAAAACACGAUAACGUGAUAUUUAUAAUAACAAGGGUGUUCGCAAAUGACAACAAAACGAGGUUGAAUUACAAAAUGGAAAAGAAAAUAGAAGAAAAAUACUUCCACUUUAGUGACAUGUCUAAGGAUUGUUACAGAAUGAAGAGCUUCCGAUCGGUUCACUCCGUCUUUGAUAAAGAGCACACCUACGAAGAACCCUUACGUACGUACAUCCUAGAACUCCCAACGUACAGUGAAGACAUCAUUAGUGAAAAUGAAACCAAUUUGGAGAAGCUUAUGGAUGUUAAUUUUUAUAGUUACAUUAAGGGAACCAAAAGGGAGAAAAUCUACUACGAGUUGAACAAGGCAGUGUUAUACGACUUGACUGGGCAGUUUAUACAGACGUAUUACUACACCACAUCUAUGAAUACCUUCUCAUUAACCAUUGCUGUGAAGAGGAGUAAUGUUAUAUCAUCUAUUUUUUCUCUCAUCGGAGACUGUUUGAAUAUGCACAGAUGCUUCUCCUACUCGAAGUAUGUAGAGCCGCUGAAAAAUGGAGUUCUCCUAAUUAUUUUGAACGUCAAUGUAAUCACCAAUUCAGAAGAACACAAGGGGGGGGUUGAGAAUGCCCAGCAAAUGCUUCAUGUCCUGGAGGGGAAGAUCCACAAAAUUGUCAAAUCCUUGAAGACGUUGUGUUUGUUUAACGACUCUAAGUUUAUACAGCUGUCUGUUAAGCGCAUAUUCACUGCAGAAGAAUCGGCGUAUAUUUUUUUAAUCAUCAAAUUUAUUACCUUUUUCUCAACGAACUCCUUUUCGAGUUACAAAAAUGUGGAGCAUGCCCUACAUCUGAGAAGCAACAUGGACAGCAGUAGCAGCAGUGGUAGUAGUGCCAUUUUGAAUGACUUCUACAUCAUUAAGGAGAAGCUGAAGAGCUCCAAGUACACCAAGGAGGAGAUUCUCAGUUGUGCCCUUAGCAACUCGGCACACCACUCUGGGUACUACGCCGUACAGCACGCCGCGAACCACGCCGCACAGAACGCCUCGAACCACGCCGCGAGCCACCCCGCGAACCACAAGCCGACCAAAGACAUCAUCGACGAAAUAGAGGACAACCACCACAAGAAAAUCCUGCAGUACUUCCACCUUUUCGAGAAACACGCAAUAAAAACAAACUUCUUCCGCAUGCACAAAAUCAGCUUCGCGGUAGCCUUUGACGGUGCACUGCUCAAAGAUUCUAUAUACGACGCGGAGCCAUACUCUGUCAUCAUGAUUUGUGGACUCCACUUUGUCGGCUUCCACAUCAGAUUCACCAAAAUCUCCAGAGGAGGGAUCAGAAUUGUUAUAUCGAAUAACCUUAAUUCCUACAUGCACAAUUAUAACAAUUUAUUUGACGAAGCGUAUAACCUCGCCUAUACGCAGAACUUCAAAAAUAAGGAUAUCCCGGAGGGAGGAAGCAAAGGAAUCCUCCUCCUAGAUGCAGAUGUGUGCAAUGUUGCCAGUACGAAAUAUAUUAAAAAUUUGUGCUUUUACUCGUAUGUGAAUUCCAUUUUGGAUUUAUUGACUGAUGGGAAGGGGGACAAUCACUGCUUUGGAACAAGGGAGGGAGAAGACUUGCUUUGCAUUUCGCUUAACUCCAGCAUGGAUAGGAACUACAACAACACGGCCACCUUGGGGGAUGUCAGCACGGAUGUGUUGACCCCGAGACAGCCUUUUUCCUUCGCCAACGACACGGCGGAAGAGGCGGUGCAGAAGAUCAUGUGCGGGAAGCGCGGCGAAGGGGAAGCAGCGCAAGUGGGCCAAAAGAGGGAGGAAGCUCCCCAAGUGGGCCAAAAGGGGGAAGCUCCCCAAGUGGACGGCCCCGAAGCAGAAGAACCCCUUUGUGGAAAUCUCCAAAAUGAGGAAGACCUGAUCUUCCUGGGACCAGACGAAAAUACAGGUUCGGAUCAACUCAUGGAUUGGGCAUGUAUAAUCGCAAAAAAGAGGGGCUACAAAUUUUGGAAGACCUUCUCCACAGGAAAGCUGAGAAAAAAUGGAGGAGUCCCUCAUGACUACUAUGGGAUGACAACCCUAGGGAUAGAAACGUAUAUAAAAAAGUUAUGUGCCAAAUUGAACCUGAAAGAAGAAACGAUAAGUAGAUCCAUCGUUGGAGGUCCGGAUGGCGACCUUGGAAGCAAUGCCAUUUUGCAGUCCAAGACAAAGAUAACAUCCAUCAUUGACGGCUCGGGGGUUCUGUACGAUAGAAAUGGAUUACAUAAGGAGGAACUUAUUCGACUAGCUAAAAGAAGGAACUCUCCAGGAAAAAAGCUAGCCACAUCUUGCAUCCUCUACAAUGAGGAAUAUCUUUCCAAAGAUGGGUUCAAAAUAUCUAUUGAAGAUCACAACGUAGAUGUGUUAGGGAAAAUUAUUAAGAGUGGCUUAGAAUACAGAAAUAGCUUCUUUCUGAACCCAUUGAAUGCAUGCGAUCUGUUCAAUCCAUGUGGAGGUAGACCCCACUCGAUUAACGUGUUUAAUGUUAACAGCAUUAUUAUCAACGAACGGUGCAUCUACAAGUACAUCGUCGAGGGGGCAAAUGUAUUUAUCUCGGACGAUGCAAGGAAAAUUUUGGAAGCGAAAAAUGUCAUUCUGUUUAAGGAUGCAUCUACCAACAAGGGUGGAGUCAUAUCGAGUAGUUUAGAAGUCCUGGCGGGGCUGGUCCUCUCAGAUCAGCAGUUCCUCCAAAUGAUGUGCUCCCCUGAUAGCGACAUCCUCCUCGUGGACGAAAAUGAGCUGACCUUCAUGAAUCUGAAUCAGAAGAACAACCAUUCGCUGUCCUUCACGCGGUCCAUGUUGAUGGGCAAGAGGGCGCAGCAUGAGCAGGGCGCACCGGAAGGGGAAGCGAUAGAGCGAGGUACAGCGGAAGGGGAAGCGAUAGAGAGAGGCACAACAGAAGGAGAAGCGAUAGAGCGAGGCGCAGCAGAAGGGGAAGCGAUAGAGCGAGGCCCAACAGGAGGGGAGUUCCUACAGGCCCAACUGGACGACAGCGUGUCCCCCUUCUACAAAGAGUAUGUCAAAGAAAUCCAGAAGAAGAUCGUCCACUACUGCGAGCUGGAGUUCGAAUCCUUGUGGAGCGAGACGAGGAGAACCAAGACCCCCAUCUCGCAGGCCACAAACAUCCUAUCCAAAAAAAUCAGCGAACUGAAGAAAGAUAUACUCUCAUCGGACACCCUCUGCACGGACCGCAAGCUCAUGAAGAAGGUGUUGAGGGAUGUCAUUCCUGGCAUUCUACUUGAGAAGGUAACCUUUGACGAAAUUUUCGAGAGGGUCCCCUACAUCUACCUGCGCUCCCUCUUCGCAGCUGCGCUAGCGUCCAACUAUUACUACUCGCAGCAGUUCCUCAGUGACCUCUCCGUUUUUAACUUCUUCGAGUACAUUCGUCGCCUCCAGAGCGACGCCUAG